CAGGGAGCGCAGCGCGCCCACAGAAACCUCCGCUUCCCCAGGCAGCAAGCUCCCUGUUGGGCUGGAUACGACUCACCCCGUCGCCUCCUGUGUUUCCAUUCCAUUCCCAUUCCGGUGGGCGCCGCCGCGGCACCGCAAUCCCGGAGGCCGCGACACCGACACCAUCUCGUAGCUCUCGUGAGUCGUUGCAAACUCAUAAAAGCGAGAGACCGACCGACGCCGCGCUUCAUGACCGCGCCACCUCCGCCGUGCAGCGACCCUCUCCCCGUCCCCAUCCAUGGCGCCGCCGCUCGUCCUGCUCCUCCUCGUCGCCGCCCUCGCGCUCUGCCCGGCUCCCUCCCACGGCGGCGGCUUCUACGACCCGGCGCGCGUCACCCAGCUCUCCUGGCGCCCAAGGGCGUUCCUGUACAGCGGCUUCCUCUCGGACGAGGAGUGCGACCACCUCAUCAAGCUGGCCAAGGGGGGGAUGGAGAAGUCGAUGGUGGCGGACAACGACUCCGGGAAGAGCGUCAUGAGCCAGGUGCGCACCAGCUCCGGCACCUUCUUGGAGAAGCACUUGGAUGAAAUUGUCAUUGCGAUCGAGAACCGUGUAGCUGCUUGGACAUUUCUUCCUGAAGAAAAUGCUGAGUCAAUUCAGGUUCUGCGCUAUGAAAUUGGUCAGAAGUAUGAUGCCCACUUUGAUUAUUUUCAUGACAAAAACAACGUGAAGCGUGGUGGUCACCGGGUUGCCACUGUGCUUAUGUAUCUGACAGAUGUCAAGAAGGGUGGAGAGACUGUAUUUCCAAAUGCUGAGGGAGGCCAUUUACAACACAAGGACGAAACUUGGUCAGAUUGUGCAAAAUCCGGCCUGGCAGUGAAGCCAAAAAAAGGAGACGCACUACUGUUCUUCAGUCUUCAUGUCAAUGCAACAACUGAUCCAGCUAGCCUUCAUGGGAGCUGCCCUGUAAUUGAGGGUGAGAAAUGGUCUGCCACGAAAUGGAUUCAUGUCCGAUCAUUCGAUAAUCCUCCAAAUGUAAGGACGGAUGUGCCUUGUUCCGACGACAAUGAGCUCUGUCCUAGAUGGGCUGCUAUUGGGGAGUGUUACAGGAACCCAACAUACAUGGUGGGCACCAAGGAUACUCUCGGAUUUUGCCGCAAAAGUUGCGGGGUCUGUGAUGCCUAAAAUCGCCCUGCAAUCUGAAUGUGCUGUGGGGUGUUAGGCCGUUAGUAUGGGAGUACUCCUUUUUAUACGACCUGUAGUUUGACCUUUAUAUAAAGUAACGAAAUUUUGGUCAGUA